UAUANNGGCAAUGGGUCUACUGUCGAAUCUGUCCGUCACUGUCUCUGGUCUUUGCGCCGCCUGCUCGGUCCAAACUAUGCUGUCAUCCCCAUCACUGGAGAGUCUGUCCUCAAGGAGCCAUGGACCGCAUCUUGUGCUCUCUUCGUCAUGCCCGGUGGAGCAGAUGUAGGCUACUGUCGCACCUUGAAUGGUGAAGGCAACCGUAAAAUCUCCGCCUACAUCAACAAGGGAGGUGCUUAUCUCGGUCUCUGUGCUGGCGGUUACUACGCAUGCAAGCGCUGCGAGUUUGAAACCGGUAAGAAGGGGAUGGAGGUGUGCGGUGACAGAGAACUUGGCUUCUAUCCCGGUACCUGCAGAGGUCUUGCUNUUCCUGGCUUCGUCUACCAUAGCGAGGCUGGUGCUAGAGCGACUGAGUUGACCGUCAACAAGCAAGCCUUGACUACUGCUGGUGGAGCUGUGCCUGAGACUUUCCGCUCCUACUACAAUGGUGGUGGUGUCUUCGUCGAUGCUGAAAAGUACAAGGAUCAAGGCGUCCAGGUGCUUGCGAGCUAUACCGAGCGUCUGCAUGUUGAUUCUGGCGAGGGCACUGCUGCAGUUGUAUAUCGCAAAGUAGGCGAAGGUUCUGUCGUCUUGACUGGCCCGCACCCAGAGAUUGUCGAGGCUCUUGCUGCAGAUGACAAGCAACGUGUCGAUUUCAUGAAGGCAUGUUUAGCCAAGCUCGGCUUGAGUCCUAGCCAGGAUGAUCAAGGUGUACCUUCUCUAUCUCGGCUGCAUCUGUCCACUCUCGAAGCCUCAGAAGUCUCAGAACUCGUAUCAUCGUGGUCUGAUAUUGUCCAAGAAGUUGACGGCAAACACCUGAUCAAAGGCGAGAACGACACUUUCAGCCUCGAAAAGCAGAGCGGACCAUGGAAGGCCAAGGAGUCUAGCCCUCUGAGUCUCCAANAAGUCGCCGAUGCUCUGCCUGCAGUGGUAAAAGACAUCCUCCCCACCGCCAUAAGCAACCCAACCUCCACUUCAACCACCGAAGAAGACACCGGCAUAGUCGACUACGACAAGAUCACAAAGACCCUCCUCGUCCACGACACCUCCCUCCCCGACACAAAACAAACCNCCUACUUCAACCACCACGCCUACUUUGCCAACCUCGUCCACUACAAAGCCAAACACCACCACGACAUUUCCGAAACCUUCGGAAACAUGCUUCUAUAUGGUGAAGUCGUUACCUCCACUAAUACUCUGCUGGAAAAGAACCCAACACUGCUGGAGAAACUGCCCACAGGCACCACAGCAACGGCUACUACACAGGUAGCAGGAAGAGGCAGAGGCAACAAUGUCUGGGUAUCUCCUCCCGGGUCUUUGAUGUUUAGUACUCUGCUCCGCCACCCAAUGGCCUUGUCUUCUACCGCCCCCGUGGUAUUCAUCCAAUACCUCUGCGCCCUUGCCAUUGUCCAAGGCAUCCACACCUACGACCGCAACUACACUUCGCUGCCCGUAAAGCUAAAAUGGCCCAACGACAUCUACGCCCUCUCCCCCACCGCCGGCCCCAACGCCAACACCUCAGACCCCAAGAACUACGUCAAAAUCGGCGGCAUAUUGGUGAACAGCAGUUACUCGGGAGGCGACUACACACUCAUCUGCGGCAUUGGCAUCAAUGUCUCCAAUACCGCCCCCACAACCUCGUUGAAUGCUCUCUGCACUGCCGCAAAACUUGCCCCCAUGCAAGGCGAAAAACUGCUCGCUAGCAUUCUUGUCUGCUUUGAGUCUCUGUAUCUCCGUUUCUGCCAUUCUGGGUUUACACCUUUACUAGAUACUUACUACAAGCAUUGGCUGCAUAGUGAUCAAAUCGUCACUCUUGAGCAAGAAGGAGGUGCAAGAGCUAGAAUCAAGGGGAUUACGAGUGAUUGGNGGUUAUUGGUUGCAGAGGAAUUGGGUUGGGAAGACAGGCCUACAGGCAGAAAGUGGGAGUUGCAGAGUGAUAGCAAUAGUUUUGAUUUCUUUAGGGGGCUGUUGAAGAGGAAGACUUAA